AUGGCUGGCGGACCCAAGAAAUGUUUGUCUUUCAUUGGAUUCAGCCUUAUCUGUCUUAAAAUGGUUGCUUCAGCAAAUACAGUGUUGGCUGCACCAAUUCUAGAAGUAAGCUCUCCAAGUCCAGACUCUAUUCUUGUGCAGUGGGAAUCUGUAUAUAUGGCAAUUGGAUUCUCUGUGUCCAUUAUGCGAGCCAAUGGUUUGGGUAGAAUAUGGAAAGAGAAUACCACAAACACCUCCUUGACAUUCACCAGGUUAGAUGCUGGGACUCUCUACACCAUAAAGGCCUAUGCGUGGAAUGCCAAUGGAACCCCUGGGGACGACUCCACCUGCAAUCAGAGAACAAGUCCUCGUGCCCCUGCCAGCAUUCAAGUCUCUCUUGACGGUGGGGCUCUGAAGGCUUCUGUUUCAUGGGCCCCAACGGAAGGAGCUUUCAACUAUACUGUGAUGGCUUUGAGUGACUCUUCGGAGCUGAGCUGUAGUACGACUCGCAGUGCCUGUACUAUCUCCUCCCUACAGUGUGGGACUGAGUACCUAAUUUCAGUUUUAGCAAGUAAUGAUGCUGGGUCUAGCAAGUCAACUUCAUCAGAGGCCCUAAAAACUGUUGCUUGUGCACCUGGAAGAGUGACCAUCCAAGAAGAUCCUCCCCACCUGUCUGUGGCUUGGUCCAAUGUAGAUCUGGGUGAUUACUAUGUGGCCUUUGUGAAGAGUGAUGAUGGCUUGGAAGUCCACUGCAACACAUCCCUCACCCAGUGCAAUUUCUUAUCUGAAUGUGGCUUCACUUACUUUAUUAGUGUUUUUGCCUAUAACAAGGCAGGGCAGAGUCCUCUGGGCGAUGUGUUCAAUUAUACCACAGCCCCCUGUUGUCCUAGCGAUAUUAACCCUGUGUUGGUGUCCAGUGACAGAGUAGAGAUUGUCUGGUCUCCUGUCCGUGGUGCCGAACUUUAUGAAACCAAGGCUGUAGAUGGGUUCAAAGUGGUUGAGUGCAAUGACACCGCGCCUGCUUGCACCCUCUCCGCUCUAGAGUGUGACACCAAGUACAACGUCACAGUGUAUUCCUUCAGCGAAGUCCGGGGCAGCAAUAUGUCAUGUACUUCCCGAUUUGUAACCACAGCUCCUUGCAGUCCCGAAAUAAAAAACGUUUCAAAGGAUGCAUUCUCCAUGAUUCGUGUGCACUGGCGAUCCACUAAUGACGAUGCCACUUACACGGUGACUGCCCAGGGGGAGAAAGGGCUGUAUCGGUGCAGCAGCACGGGAGAGUCCUGCGUGGUGGGGAGCUUGCCCUGCGGCUCCGUGUUCUCCGUCACUGCGGUGGCUGAAACACAGGCAGGGCGGAGCCUGCCCAGCUUCAGUGUGCCCCUGGAAACAGUGCCGUGCUGUCCAGCUGGUCUGACAGUAACUCAGGUCACCCAAUCAGUAAUCAACGUGAGCUGGACUGUUGGGACCGGGGCCCAAACCUAUGUGACAGUUCUGGAGUCACACACCGGACAGUCUAAGUGUCUCACCCAUCAAAACCAGUGCCUCCUGGGAUGUAUCACAUGUGGCGUCAAUUACACAGUGGCAUUAAAAGCGAUUAGUGCCACUGGGUUGACUGCAGACUGCACCUACCAAAGUUAUUUCUCUAGUGCCUGCUGCCCUUUGGGAGUGAAAUUAUAUAGGCUGAGCCCUAAUGGCAUCCGAAUCUACUGGCAAGCCUCCAGGGGCUCUACCAAUUAUAGCACUGACCUCUACGGUUCUAAAGGCAUUUUCACCUGUGCACCAAGAGCUGGCCUCAGUUUUUGUGAUGUCACCAAGAUACCCUGUGGGGAUGUAUAUACCGUGAUGGUCUCACCAGUUGCUGAGACAGGAGUGAAGCUUACUUUCUGUCCAAAAAAAAUCUAUUCAGUAACCUGCUCUGGAAGUACACUUGGAAUGGUGAUUUACCGAGGGAAAAGAAAUGCAGAAUAA